UUUAGAAAACAAAAAUGGAUGACUUUUUUGGAAAGAAGCUUCCCAGUUUCUUCUCGGAACUUGAAGAAAGUGCAAAAAACUUUGUCAACACUCUUCCGACGACUUUGAAGAAUUUGCCUGUACUCCUCCCAACGCCGAAUAUUGGCAUAAGCAGUGUCGUUUCAACGGAGAGAAUUUUUGUGAAUGACACGCCAAUAACACCUAGACCACUGUUCCGGGUGGCUGUAACCAUACCAAACAGUCAAAUUUCAAUCCGAACAUGCAUCCUUUAUGAGCAUCUUCACGGGAAAAAUGUUGGACAAGCAUAUGAAAGCUUCUGCGACAAAGUUGGAAAUGGUGUCAUUGAUUUAAGAUCUUUCGAAUUUUGGUUUAAUCGAUUCCGAACUGGAAAUCAUGAUUUAGACUAUGACAUUGACUCGGAACUUGAACCUCGUUCUUUGGCAGAAAUGCACAAGGACAUUAUGAGAAACAUUUUAAGAGAGCUCAACUCCGAACCCACAAUUUCUCCCGGACCUUCGGACCGCUACCAAGAAGAAUAUGAGUAUUUUCCUGUCUACAAUCAGCUUAAAGAGCUUAUCCAAGAACUGCAAGUUGGAAUAGAGCCCGUAGAAGCCGAACCUGUCAAACAAGCCGAUAUUGACAAAAAAGUGCUGCGUGGAUAUAUUUUGUUUGAAUGCUUACAGGGAAAUUCAACUUUUGAGGCUUAUGAGAAACUAUGUGAUACUGUUGGAAAAAAUGUAGUCAAGUACUGGGAGUUUGAACAUUGGUAUCAGAAGAUUGAAGCAGGGGAUUCCAGUAUGGAAUCUGACAUUGAUUUUGGUAAAGAGAUCCGAUCACUGUCCACAAUGCCUAAAGACAUAGCUGGGGAAAUAAUGAACAAACUGGGAUUAAAAGAAAAACUAGUGAUGCGAAAAGUCUCUAAAAAUCUUCGCCACUUCAUGGACAACCUGAGCAUUGACGUUGAGAAAAUUAGUCUGAAAAUCUACAAUACAAAAUCAAUUUUGCAAUUUGAUGAAAACGAAAUAAUCUAUCUGGACAGGAAGGACAACUGUAACGUGUUAUAUGAUGAUCAAGAAAAGCUUGUGAAAAGUGGAAACUAUGCAAUAACAGCUUUGAAUGAUUGGUCCGUGGUCAUGAAAAAUAAAAAGCUUAAGCUGAAAGUGUUCCAAUUAUUCAUAUCAGUCGAAAAGAGCGACCAUCAGAAAAUCUAUAAAACUAUGAACACGGUUUUGAGAAAUUCAAACUGUUCAUACAUAGAGAAGAUCACACUAGAGGGAUUUUCAUUCAGUGAAGUUGCUAAGAUACUUCGGAAUUUUAAAUCAGGAAUACUGCAAGAGAUUGUGCUGGGCUCGCCAACUGAUAACGCCGAUAUUGAGAAGUUGGUUGAUAUGAGACAAUGGAAAGAGGCAAAAAAUUUUGAAAGCAGUCGGAACUGUAUUAUGACGAUUCCAAUUGAGAAUUUGUUUCACUUCUCGAGAUUUGAUGUUUCCCUGAAAUCUCUAUCAAAGUCAGAUGCAAUAUUGAUCCGAGAGAAACUGCUGAAGUCCAGUGAUUUUGAACAUGGAUGCUUCCGAAUGUUCAAUUAUGAUCCUAUAGACAUUUUGAACGUGUUUGAGCAGAAUUAUUCAGGAGGAUCGUCUGGUUCGAUUACAUACAGGAAUGAGGAGUCGGAGUUCAGAAUUCAAUUUGAUACAAUGAACUUUGAAACUAUUAGAAUUUCUUGAAUAUAUCUAUUCGAAAACUUUUUUCUCAAUUUAAGCAUGGUUCCAUAAUAAAUUUGUUGGGCGGUUAUGAAA